CACAGUGGUGCCAGUGCAGGGCAGCUGUGGCAAGAAUGUUGUAUCUCGCUAGCAUCAACAUGUGAGCGUGUACCUGAAUUGGUGAAUGACUGAAUGUAGUAAAAAAGCAUUUUGUGGUCUUUUGGGCUAGAUAAUGUGCUCUAGAAGUACAUUCCAUUUACAGGCCAUUUAUAUUUAGAUAUUGUCUGAAGAUACCUUUAUGAUGUCAUUAAUGUUUGAUUUGAAAUCGGGGUAAAAAUAAUUAAAUAAUAUGUCAAGGUGGAAGUGGUAGGUGAGCAUGUUUAUAUGACCAGCACAGGUUACUGAUAUUGUGACAAAAAUGAUGUGAUACCAUUCUGCUCAUGCAGCUCUAUUUCAGCUUAGUUUUAAGUAAAGUCAACAAUAUUUUCCUUACUCUCCAGAUUUUUUUUGUUGUUGUGAUGAUGACAAAAACAUGUCUGUGCAUUUUGGCUUAGGCCUUUUGCUUUGUACAUCAAGGUUUUUGGGGGUUUUUUACCAAUACUUUAAAGAACUUGCUGUUUUAUCAUCUGUGCAAGAAGCUAACCAUUAAUUUUUGAGCUUUCAGGUAUAACAGAUCACCUCAUCGAUUAUACAGCGUACUAUUCUAGUUUUCUGAUAUUUUUUUUCUACCUUUUAAUUGUGAUACGGUUAAUCUCUGAAAAUUCUGAAGUGGAGCCUUUUGAUGCCCAUGAUGUUGAAAUGUUAUGCACUCGUUGCUUCUCUCUGAUAGAAUGCAAUUUGAAUGGCUAAAAAUGUCAGACAGCAGUACUGUUUUGCAAAAGUUUUUUAAAUAAGAAGUAGUGGAAUUUGUGCAGUAGGAUUCCUGGAGUUGCAAUGUGGUGCUCCAAAUCUACAAGAUGGUUCUUCUAAACAUGUGUAAAGGACUAACAUUAAUGUGACACUUUGUCAAAACCUCCAUUGUAGAUCUGGAGAAAAACUGUUAUUUAAAGGAAAUAUGGGAUAUACAAUACCACCUGGAAGUAAUGCAAACAAACUAAUAAUAUUAGAACAUCUGAAGUUGAAUAAAGUUGUACAAAAGUGAAACUAUUGUUACAUAUAGUUGUAAAUAUUGAUUUAUAACUAAGUCUGCGUUGGAUUGUUGGAUAGACAUUGAAUACAUUAGUGAAUUAGUUUGAAAUUUACCUUGCCUCUUUUUGUUCUCCAUCACCAUUAAGUGUUUUGCGUGUUUAACGACUGGAAAUGUAAACUAAAAUAGAUAUAUCAAGAUUAUAAUAGUUGCUCGCUUGGGGGCGCUGCUUGUGAAAUUUCAACACUCAGUGGAACGUCCAUAUUUCGGAGCUUUUGCCAGAGCUUCGGAUUGUGCAUUAUGGCAAUGAUCACUGAUCCGCCAUCAUCGGUUCCUUGAUCACCGUUUCUCUAAAUAUAUACAUUACUCGGGUUUUUUUUAUUAUUUAUUUUUGUGUGUGUGUGUGUGUGUGUGUCUUCAAAUGAUUUUUAUUAUCCCAUUCUAAAAUUCGCGAUGGCACGAAGAUGCAUUGCGGCGUUGGAGCACUUGCUCAUUUUCAUUGUUACUCUGGAUUUCACUUUUAAUUUCACUUCGGCGCAGCUGCGAUACUCACUACCAGAGGAACUGACAACGGGUGCUGUUGUUGGAAACAUUGCGAAAGAUUUGGGAUUGGAGUCAAGUGUUUUAAUUGACAGAGGAUUUCGCAUCGUCUCUGGAUCAAAGGAUUCACUUUUCCACCUCAGUGACAACGGCGUCCUUCACAUCAGCCGAAAAAUAGACCGAGAGGAGGUGUGCGACCAGACCGCUAGCUGUAUUAUCAACAUUAAGACAGUUCUGGAGAAUCCCCUAGAGGUACAUUAUGUCACCAUCGAGGUUUUAGACGUGAACGAUCAUUCUCCCACCUUUCCAGAAAACGAGACGCAUUUAGAAAUAUCGGAAUCUGCUCUAUCCGGGGCUCGGUUUCAAUUGCAAGACGCACGGGAUCCAGACAGCGGCUUGUUCUCUGUCCAACAGUAUAAGCUCAGUCAAAAUGAUCAUUUUCGUUUGGAGAUUAAAGAUAGAGGGCAAGACGGUAAAAUUCCUGUUUUGUUCCUGCAUAAAUCACUGGACAGAGAAGUUGCCAGAAGUCAUAGAUUACUACUCACAGCUGUUGAUGGAGGAAAGCCACCUAAAUCAGGAACAAUGGGAAUUGUUAUUAAUGUUUUAGAUGUAAAUGACAACAUGCCUGUAUUUACCAGAGAGUCAUAUACUGUGGAGCUUAAUGAAAAUUCACCUGUAGGGACAACAGUCAUACAAGUAAAUGCCACUGAUAAAGAUGAGGGUCUGAAUGGAGAGGUAGUGUAUUCUUUUGGAAAUAAUGUAAACAAUAAAUUGCGUAAACUUUUUGAAAUUGAUGCCAUUAAAGGAGUCAUUACUGUCAAAGGACUCUUAGAUUAUGAAGCAAAGGAUAGAUAUGAAAUUGACAUCAAAGCUUCUGAUAAAGGACCAGUCCCCCUGUCAACAGAAAAAGUGUCAUCAUAGCUGUUGUAGACUUAAAUGAUAAUGCACCUGAAAUAGAAGUGACAUCCUUAUCAAGUGCAAUACCUGAAGACUC